CCUCACUCCUCCCUGUGUCCUCCCUCACCUCUGCAGAUGACUAAUGCCUCAGGGCUCCUGGGAACAGCCCGCGGCCCCCUGGUGUCAGCAACCUGGCCACAGCCUGGCCCCCCACCCGCCAUGCCCACCGUGCCCUCUGCGUCCUCCGCGUCCUCCGUGCCCGCCGGGCCGCAGACGGACCCCGUGGGGAACAGCUCCCAGGGCACCUCCCGGCUCUUCCUCACCACCGCAUUGGCCCGCGGCGUCUCGGGGGUCUUUGUGUGGACUGCCCUGGUGCUCACCUGCCACCAGAUCUACCUGCACCUGCGCUCCUACACGGUCCCCAACGAGCAGCGCUACAUCAUCCGUCUGCUCUUCAUCGUGCCCAUCUACGCCUUCGACUCCUGGCUCAGCCUCCUCCUCCUGGGGGGCCACCAGCACUAUGUCUACUUCGACUCGGUGCGUGACUGCUACGAAGCCUUUGUCAUCUACAGCUUCCUGAGCCUGUGUUUCCAGUACCUGGGGGGCGAGAGCGCCAUCAUGGCUGAGAUUAGGGGAAAGCCCAUCCGGUCCAGCUGCCUCUACGGCACCUGCUGCCUGCAGGGCAUGUCUUACUCCAUCGGCUUCCUGCGCUUCUGCAAGCAGGCCACACUGCAGUUCUGCAUCGUGAAGCCCAUCAUGGCCUUGGUCACCAUCGUCCUGCAGGCGUUCGGCAAAUACCACGACGGGGACUUCAACAUCCACAGCAGCUACCUCUACAUCACCCUCAUCUACAACAUCUCCGUCAGCCUGGCCCUCUACGCCCUGUUCCUCUUCUACUUCGCCACCAGGGAGCUCCUGCAGCCCUUCGAGCCCGUCCUCAAGUUCUUCACCAUCAAGGCCGUCAUCUUCCUCUCUUUCUGGCAGGGGAUGCUGCUGGCCAUCCUGGAGAAGUGUGGGGUCAUCCCUGAGGUCCAGGUCAUCGAUGGGAGCAAGGUGGGGGCCGGCACGGUGGCCGCUGGCUACCAGAACUUCAUCAUCUGCAUCGAGAUGCUGUUUGCCUCCAUUGCCCUGCGCUAUGCUUUCACCUGCCAGGUGUAUGCAGAGAAGAAGAACUCACCAGCCCCCGAGGCACCCAUGCACAGCAUCUCCAGUGGCCUCAAGGAGACCAUAAGCCCACAGGACAUCGUGCAGGACGCGGUCCACAACUUCUCACCGGCCUACCAGCAGUACGCCCAGCAGGCCACACACGAGGCCCCGAGCCCCGGCCCCCACCCCAGUGUGGCAGGAGGCCCCGGUGGGGUCAGGAAGAGUCGGAACGUGGAAAAACGGAUGCUGAUCCCCUUGGAGGAGCUGUAGGAGAGCCACGGGUCACCAGCCACCUGGCUGAGACCAGGCUGCCCAGGCCUCUGGGCAAGCGCAGGGCCCCUCACCCACAGUGAAGCCCCUUCUGGGAGCCCUCCUGCCAGGCCUGUGGGGCCACCUCCCAGCCUGCCUCCCACCGGCGGGCUCAUGGCCCUGGGAGGGGACGUCUGAGCUUAUCUGAGGAGCCUGGGACCCACUGGGCUCCCCUGGCCGUCUGCUCAGGGGGCUGCUGUGAGGCGGGCACCAGCAGGGCCCUGCUGGAUGGACAGUUUCCAGGCUGGGCCCCUGCAGGGAAGGACGGCCUCAGGAGAGCGAGACAGCCCGCCCUGAGAACACGGGAGCUGCGCAGGCGCGGACAGGCGGUCAUGGUGGGGCCUUGCCAAGCCCCUGCGCACCCCUCCAGCCGUGGAGAUUCCUGAAAAGCCCCCGCCCCAAUGUGCCUGACAAGGGUCCGGGAGGUGCCCGGGGCCACCUGCACAGAACCUUCACCUUGAGCAGCCCGCAGAGGACAUGGGGCUUACGGACGAAUCACACUUAUUUAUACAUAAACACCUGGGUUUUCUAGUGA